AUGACGGCUACCGACACUUUUAUCUACGCAUACACAAAAUCAGAGGACCGAAAGCCUCCUCUUGAAAAGACAAAGAUGCCACCACUCUUUGAUGAGCCUACUACUUGGGAGAACUGGCACAAGCACGUCAAUUGGCCUCAAUCCAUUCUCUUGAUCUCUGUUCCUUUGCUCGGCUUGUAUGGUGCAUUUACCACUGAAUUGCAGCAAAAGACAAUGAUCUGGUCCAUUAUCUAUUACUUUAUUACCGGUCUCGGUAUCACAGCUGGUUAUCAUCGUUUGUGGGCCCAUCGUGCCUAUCGAGCUACCCUUCCUCUUCGAUGGCUUUAUUGCUUUGCAGGCAGUGGUGCUGUUGAAGGUUCCAUUUACUGGUGGUCUCGCGGCCAUCGUGCCCAUCAUCGCUGGACCGAUACCGACAAGGAUCCCUAUAGCGCUCACCGUGGUUUCUUCUUUUCUCACUUUGGAUGGAUGCUUGUCAACCGCCCAAAGAACCGUAUUGGCCAUGCCGAUGUUGCCGAUCUUAAGGCUGAAUCCGUUGUUGCCAUCCAACACAAGUACUACCCCUACUUUGCCCUGGCUUUUGGUUUCCUCUUGCCUACCUUGGUGGCUGGUCUUGGUUGGGGAGAUUUCAGAGGUGGUUUCUACUAUGCUGGUUUGUGCCGUCUUACCUUUGUUCACCAUGCUACGUUUUGCGUCAACAGCUUGGCACAUUACCUUGGUGAGACUUCCUUCGAUGAUCAUCACACCCCACGCGACCACUGGAUCACUGCUCUUGUGACCAUGGGUGAAGGAUACCACAACUUCCACCACGAAUUCCCUCAAGAUUAUCGCAAUGCCAUUGUUUACUAUCAAUACGACCCCACAAAGUGGCUCAUCAAGUUGCUUUCAUUUGCCGGUCUCGCUUAUGAUUUGAAGCAAUUCCCCUCCAACGAAGUGACCAAGGGCCAGAUCCAAAUGCAAGAAAAGAAGAUUGCUGCUAUCAAGCGCAAGCUUACCUAUGGCACUCGUCUUGAAGAUUUGCCCGUUUUCACCUGGGACGAAUUCCAAAACCUUGUUGUCAAUGAAAACAAGAAAUGGAUUUUGAUCGAAGGUAUCUUGUACGAUAUGGAGAACUUUAUCGAGAACCAUCCUGGUGGUGAAAAGUACAUCCGCAAUGGUAUCGGCAAGGACAUGACCACCCAGUUCAACGGUGCCGUUUACAACCACUCUAACGGUGCUCGCAAUCUCUUGACCAGUAUGCGUGUUGGUGUUCUCAAGCAUGGCAUGGAGGUUAUGUCACGCAAAAAGGACGAGUAA